AUGACCCGCCGCCACCCAUGGGCUGACGGCCCAUGGCCACUGAUCGAGACCCCCUCCAAAACCAAAGACGUCACCAAACACCCCGCCAUCUACAUCGCCAACGAGAUGGCCUUCGCCCACAACAGCAUGCUCCGCGGCCUGAACAGCAUUUACCUGCAGGCCGCGCAAAUCACCAAGCGACAAGACAUCUGCGACUUCCUGUUCUUUAUUGCCUCCUGGGCCAGCUGGGUAUCGCACCACCACACACUGGAAGAAGAGAAGAUGUUCCCGGGGUACGAGCGAGUGAUCGGGAUCCACAAUUUCCUCGGCGACAACGUGGGCCAGCACCAGACGUUCGAGCCGGCGUUGCAGCAGCUACUGCAGUACGGGCGGUAUACGGUGCCGGAGCGGUAUGAUGCGUCGGUCGUGAGAGGGUUGAUUGAGGAGUUGGCGCCGCCGUUCAGGGAGCAUCUGAGCCAUGAGAUUGACAGUUUGCUGUCCAUGGAGCCGUAUGAAUAUGAUGGGGAGGCGUUGUUGGGGGUGUUUCGCGAGUGUGAGGCCGAGGCGGGGAAGCAGGAUAAGCAUGUCAUCCCCCCGAUGGUGCUCGGUCUGCGCGAUGUCACGUUCGAGGGCGGCAACAAGUGGCCGUGUCUCCCGCCGCUGGCGGAGUGGCUGGUCUUCUAUGUGUUGGCGCGCAAACAUUCGGGCGCCUGGCGGUUUUUGCCGUGCUGUACGUGGGGGAAACCACGCCGAUUGCCGUUUGCGAAGGCGGGGGGUUGA